UUAUUCCGGAGCCCGGCCGGCGACCCGGGCGGAUCGCCGAGGCUUCUCUGCCCAGGAGAAGUCGGAGUUGGGGUGCUUCGGAAGGGAGGCGCCCAAAGUCCAAGAGCGGCUUUUCCUCCUGAUCUUAGCUUGCCUCUGGCCUUCCCGGCGCGCUGCGGGGCUCGGACUUGGACUGAAGAAGCGGAGGAAGGGUUGGGGUCCCCAGCGCUGCCCCUCCCGGACGGAUACCGCUCCGGGCCGGAGCCGCGUAGACAGUCUCCCAGGCCACAGCCGCGGGGUACGGACCCCACCAGGAUUAUAAAACAGUGCGGAAGUCCCCCCGCUCGAAAAAAGGCUGGUCACCAUGUGGGGGCUGCUAAUCUGGACUCUGCUGGCCCUGCACCGGAUCCGCGCGGCCGGAGCCCAAGACGAUGUGCCCCCCUAUUUCAAGACGGAGCCGGUGCGGACGCAGGUGCACCUGGAGGGGAACCGCCUGGUGCUCACGUGCAUGGCCGAGGGCAGCUGGCCGCUGGAGUUCAAGUGGCUCCACAACAACAGAGAGCUGACCAAGUUCUCCCUGGAGUACAGGUACAUGAUCACCAGCCUGGACCGCACCCAUGCUGGCUUCUACCGCUGCAUCGUGCGUAACCGGAUGGGGGCCCUGCUGCAGCGACAAACGGAGGUCCAAGUGGCCUACAUGGGGAGCUUUGAGGAGGGCGAGAAGCACCAGAGCGUCUCACACGGAGAAGCCGCUGUCAUCCACGCCCCACGCAUCGCCAGCUUCCCCAGACCGCAGGUGACCUGGUUCCGGGAUGGCCGCAAGAUCCCGCCCAGCAGCCGCAUAGCCAUCACCCUGGAGAACACCCUCGUCAUCCUGUCAACCGUGGCUCCCGACGCGGGCCGCUACUACGUGCAGGCGGUUAAUGACAAGAACGGCGAUAACAAGACCAGCCAGCCCAUCACUCUCGCCGUGGAGAAUGUUGGGGGCCCUGCAGACCCCAUUGCUCCAACCAUCAUCAUUCCUCCCAAGAACACCAGCGUGGUGGCCGGGACCUCGGAGGUGACCAUGGAGUGUGUGGCCAAUGCCAGGCCUCUGAUCAAGCUGCACAUCGUUUGGAAGAAGGAUGGGGCACUGCUGUCUGGCGGCAUCAGUGACUACAACCGUCGGCUCACCAUCCCCAACCCCACGGGCAGCGACGCGGGUUACUACGAGUGUGAGGCUGUCCUGCGCAGCAGCAGUGUCCCGUCUGUUGUCCGCGGAGCUUACCUGUCUGUCCUGGAGCCGCCUCAGUUUGUUAAGGAGCCAGAGAGACACAUAACAGCGGAGAUGGAGAAAGUGGUGGACGUUCCCUGCCGGGCCAAAGGUGUGCCGCCACCCUCCAUCACCUGGUACAAGGAUGCGGCCGUUGUGGAGGUGGAGAGGCUGAGCCGCUUCCGGCAGCGGGGCGACGGGGGCCUGCAGAUCAGCGGGCUGGUGCCCGACGACACGGGCAUGUUCCAGUGCUUCGCCCGCAACGCGGCCGGCGAGGUGCAGACCUCCACCUACCUGGCCGUCACCAGCAUCGCCCCCAACAUCACCAGAGGCCCCCUGGACAGCACGGUGAUUGAUGGCAUGUCGGUGGUGCUGGCUUGUGAGACUUCGGGGGCUCCCCGGCCGGCCAUCACUUGGCAGAAAGGGGAGCGCAUCCUGGCCAGCGGCUCUGUCCAGCUGCCUCGCUUCACGCUCCUGGAAUCCGGCAGCCUGCUCAUCAGCCCCACGCACAUCUCCGACGCCGGCACCUACACCUGCUUGGCCACCAACUCUCGGGGGGUCGACGAAGCCUCGGCGGACCUGGUCGUGUGGGCCCGGACCCGCAUCACCAAGCCUCCCCAGGACCAGAGUGUCAUCAAGGGUACCCAGGCCUCCAUGGUGUGCGGAGUGACCCACGACCCCCGCGUGACCACCAGGUAUGUCUGGGAGAAGGACGGGACCACGCUGAGCUUGGAGGGCAACCCCCGCCUCCGCCUGGACAAAAGCGGCUCCCUGCACAUCUCGCAGACGUGGUCAGGGGACAUCGGCACCUACACCUGCCGGGUGCUCUCAGCGGGAGGCAACGACUCUCGCAGUGCCCACCUGCGCGUGAGGCAGCUGCCUCACGCCCCUGAGCACCCCGUGGCAACCCUCAGCACUGCGGAGAGACGGGCCAUCAACCUGACGUGGGGGAAGCCCUUCGACGGCAACAGCCCACUGAGCCGCUACAUCCUGGAGGUGUCAGAGAACAAUGCCCCCUGGGCUGUGCUCCUGGCCAGUGUGGACCCCGAGGCUACCUCGGUGACGGUCAAGGGCUUGGUUCCCGCGCGCACCUAUCAGUUCCGUCUCUGUGCCGUCAACGACGUGGGGAAAGGACAGUUCAGCAAGGACACGGAGAGGGUCUCCCUUCCUGAGGAGCCCCCCACGGCCCCGCCACAGAAUGUCAUUGCCAGUGGUCGGACCAACCAGUCCAUCAUGAUCCAGUGGCAGCCGCCUCCCGAGAGCCACCAGAACGGCCUCCUCAAAGGCUACAUCAUCAGGUACUGCCUGGCGGGGCUGCCUGUUGGGUACCAGUUUAAGAACAUCACGGAUGCUGACGUCAACAACCUCCUGCUAGAGGACCUCAUUAUCUGGACCAACUAUGAGAUCGAGGUGGCCGCCUACAACAGCGCCGGGCUGGGUGUCUACAGCAGCAAAGUCACCGAGUGGACACUGCAGGGAGUCCCCACCGUCCCGCCGGGCAACGUGCAUGCAGAAGCCACCAACUCCACAACUAUCCGCUUCACCUGGAAUGCCCCCAGCCCCCAGUUCAUCAACGGCAUCAACCAGGGCUACAAGCUGAUCGCCUGGGAGCCGGAGCAGGAAGAGGAGGUUACCAUGGUGACGGCCCGGCCCAACUUUCAGGACAGCAUCCACGUGGGCUUCGUGUCCGGCCUGAAGAAGUUCACCGAGUACUUCACCUCGGUGCUGUGCUUCACCACCCCCGGGGACGGGCCCCGCAGCACCCCCCAGCUGGUGCGCACCCACGAGGAUGUGCCGGGGCCCGUGGGACACCUGAGCUUCAGUGAAAUCCUGGACACCUCGUUGAAGGUCAGCUGGCAAGAGCCAGGGGAGAAGAAUGGCAUCCUCACAGGGUACCGGAUCUCCUGGGAGGAAUAUAACCGGACCAACACCCGCGUGACCCACUACCUGCCCAACGUGACCCUGGAGUACCGCGUCACCGGUCUCACCGCUCUCACCACCUACACCAUCGAGGUGGCUGCCAUGACCGCCAAGGGCCAGGGACAGGUGUCCGCCUCCACCAUCUCCUCUGGGGUGCCUCCAGAACUCCCUGGGGCCCCCACCAACCUGGGCAUUUCCAACAUCGGCCCCCGCUCCGUGACCUUGCAGUUCAGGCCAGGCUAUGAUGGGAAGACGUCCAUCUCCCGCUGGCUGGUGGAGGCCCAGGUGGGCGUGGUUGGGGAGGGAGAGGAGUGGCUGCUGAUCCACCAGGUCACCAAUGAGCCCGACGCCCGCUCCAUGGAGGUGCCCGACCUCAACCCCUUCACCUACUACAGCUUCCGCAUGCGCCAGGUGAACAUCGUGGGCACCAGCCCACCCAGCCAGCCUUCUAGAAAGAUCCAGACCCUCCAGGCGCCCCCUGACAUGGCCCCGGCCAACGUCACCCUGCGAACGGCCAGCGAGACCAGCCUGUGGCUCCGCUGGAUGCCCCUCCCGGAAAUGGAAUACAACGGGAACCCCGAGUCGGUUGGCUACAAGAUCAAGUACAGCCGGGCAGACGGACGCGGCAAGACGCUGAGCCACGUGGUCCAGGACCGCGUGGAGCGGGAGUACACCAUCGAAGACCUGGAGGAGUGGACGGAGUACCGCGUGCAGGUGCAGGCCUUCAACGCCAUCGGGAGCGGGCCCUGGAGCCAGACGGUGAUGGGCAGGACCCGGGAGUCAGUGCCGUCCUCUGGCCCCACCAACGUGUCAGCGCUGGCCACCACCUCCAGCAGCAUGCUGGUGCGCUGGAACGAAGUCCCCGAGGCCGACCGCAACGGGCUGGUACUGGGCUACAAGGUGACGUAUAAGGAGAAGGACUCAGACUCGCAGCCCCGGUUCUGGCUGGUGGAAGGGAACUCGUCCCGCAGCGCCCAGCUCACGGGCCUGGGCAAAUACGUGCUCUAUGAGGUCCAGGUGCUGGCUUUCACGCGCAUCGGGGACGGCGUCCCCAGCCACCCUCCCAUCCUGGAGCGGACGCUGGAUGAUGUCCCGGGACCCCCCAUGGGCAUCCUGUUCCCAGAAGUGAGGACAACAUCGGUGCGGCUGAUCUGGCAGCCCCCCGCUGCUCCCAAUGGCAUCAUUCUCGCUUACCAGAUCACACACCGGCUCAACGCCACCACGGCCAACACUGCCACGGUGGAGGUGCUCGCGCCCAGCGCCCGCCAGUACACAGCCACCGGCCUCAAGCCAGAGUCUGUCUACCUGUUCCGCAUAACAGCCCAGACCCGCAAGGGCUGGGGAGAGGCCGCCGAGGCCUUGGUGGUGACCACCGAGAAGAGAGACCGCCCGCAGCCCCCCAGCAAGCCCGUGGUGCAGCAGGAGGACGUGAAGGCACGAAGCGUGCUGCUGUCCUGGGAGCCCGGGAGCGACGGGCUCUCCCCCGUGCGCUACUACACCAUCCAGACCCGCGAGCUGCCCGGCGGCCGGUGGGCACUGCACUCGGCCUCCGUGAGCCACAACGCCUCUGCCUUCGUCGUGGACAGGCUCAAGCCCUUCACAUCCUACAAGUUCCGAGUCAAGGCGACCAAUGACAUCGGGGACAGCGAGUUCAGUGAGGAGUCAGAACCACUGACCACCCUGCAGGCCGCCCCCGACGAAGCCCCCGCCAUCGUCUCGGUGACACCACACACCACCACCUCUGUGCUGAUCCGAUGGCAGCCACCAGCCGAGGACAAGAUCAACGGCAUCCUCCUAGGCUUCCGGAUCCGGUACCGGGAACUGCUCUACGAGGGGCUGAGGGGCUUCACGCUGCGAGGCAUCAACAAUCCAGGGGCCAAGUGGGCAGAGCUUACCCCCCUGUACUCCGUGCGGAACCUGAGCCGGCCCAGCCUCACGCAGUACGAGCUGGACAACUUGAACAAGCACCGGCGCUACGAGAUACGGAUGAGCGUGUACAAUGCAGUAGGCGAGGGCCCCUUGAGCUCCCCCCAGGAGGUCUUCGUCGGGGAGGCAGUGCCCACGGCAGCGCCCCGCAACGUGGCUGUCCACAGCGCCACGGCCACACAGCUGGAUGUGACAUGGGAGCCACCCCCUCUGGAGAGCCAGAAUGGAGACAUCCAGGGCUACAAGAUUUAUUUCUGGGAGGCCCAGCGGCGGAACCUCACCGAGCGGGUGAAGACGCUUUUCCUGGCCGAGAACGGCGUCAAGAUCAAGAACCUGACUGGCUACACUGCCUACAUGGUCAGCGUGGCAGCCUUCAACGCCGCGGGGGACGGGCCUCGGAGCACCCCCACCAGGGGCCAGACCCAGCAAGCAGCCCCCAGCGCUCCCAGCUCGGUCAAGUUCAGCGAGCUGACCACCACCUCUGUGAACGUGUCCUGGGAGGCCCCACAGUUCCCCAACGGCAUCCUGGAGGGCUACCGGCUGGUGUACGAGCCCUGCACCCCCGUGGAUGGCGUCAGUAAGAUCGUGACCGUGGACGUGAAGGGCGGCAGCCCCCUGUGGCUGAAGGUGAAGGACCUGGCGGAGGGGGUGACCUACAGGUUCCGCAUCAGAGCCAAGACCUUCACCUACGGGCCCGAGAUCGAAGCCAACGUCACGACGGGCCCCGGAGAAGGUGCCCCCGGACCACCUGGCGUGCCCAUCAUCGCGCGGUACAGCUCGGCCAUCGCCAUCCACUGGGCCAGCGGAGACCCUGGCAAAGGGCCCAUCACCCGCUACGUCAUAGAGGCCAGGCCUUCAGACGAGGGGCUCUGGGACAUCCUCAUCAAAGACAUCCCCAAGGAGGUGACAUCCUACACGUUCAGCAUGGACAUCCUCAAGCCAGGCGUGAGCUAUGACUUCCGGGUCAUCGCCGUCAACGACUACGGCUUCGGCACCCCCAGCAGCCCGUCCCAGUCUGUGCCCGCCCAGAAAGCCAACCCCUUCUACGAGGAGUGGUGGUUCUUGGUGGUCAUCGCCCUCGUCGGCCUUAUCUUCAUCCUGCUUCUGGUCUUCGUGCUCAUCAUCCGAGGCCAGAGCAAGAAGUACGCCAAGAAGACAGACUCGGGGAACAGUGCCAAGUCUGGGGCCCUGGGCCACGGGGAGAUGAUGAGCUUGGACGAAAGCAGUUUUCCCGCCCUGGAACUCAACAACCGCCGGCUCUCGGUCAAGAACUCCUUCUGCCGGAAGAACGGCCUGUACACCAGGUCCCCGCCUCGGCCCAGCCCAGGCAGCCUCCACUACUCAGAUGAGGACGUCGCCAAGUACAACGACCUGAUCCCCGCCGAGAGCAGCAGCCUGACCGAGAAGCCCUCGGAGAUCUCGGACUCUCAGGGAAGCGACAGCGAGUAUGAGGUCGACUCAAGCCACCAGAAGGCCCACUCUUUCGUCAACCACUACAUCAGCGACCCCACGUAUUACAACUCCUGGCGACGCCAGCAGAAGGGGAUCUCGCGGGCCCAGGCCUACAGCUACACGGAGAGCGACCCGGGUGACCCGGACCACACCCCCCUCUCCAACAGCAGCAGCGCCCAGCAGGGCAGCCUCUUCCGGCCCAAGGCCAGUCGGACCCCAACGCCCCAAAACCCCCCGAACCCCCCGAGUCAGCAGAGCACCCUCUACCGUCCCCCUAGCAGCCUGGCCCCUGGCUCCCGGGCUCCUAUCGCAGGAUUUUCAUCAUUUGUUUGAUGUCGUCGUCAUAGUGGGAAGAGGAAAAAGGAAGCAGCAGCACCCAACUCCCCUCCCGCCCCUCCCCGCACCGCCUGCCAGAAAACAAAAACACCAAGAAACCAAGUCAACUUUUCACCUCCUGAGUUUAUUUUUCCAGAGAUUCCAGGGCCAGCAAAGCCAGUGUUGAGAAGGAGGGAGAAGAAAACCAAAACGAUGUACGAGGGGCCAGGGACGGCUCGGCUUCGAGAUGGCGGGGUUCGCUGCCUCUUGGGGGGUCUGAGCAGAGUAGGGGAGGCGGCUGCGGAGGACGCACGAAUGCAGUGGGUCCCUGCAGAAGGAGGGCAGGAGGGAGGCAGAGACUGGAGGGCUAUGAGACCUGUGUGGCUGGGGGGUGAAGAAGCUUCUGGAUGUCCAGCUGGCCGCCCCCUUCCUACCUGUGCUGGAGCCCUGGGCCCACUGCUGGCUGGUGCUGUGCCAGGGCUGGCAUCCGUGGGGGCAAAGCUCCCCUCCCUCCCACCCUACCCUGGGCAGCGCUGCCAGCCCUGUCCUUACCCCCCACCACCCCCUCCCUUGCUCAGCAUCCCCACCAAGCAUUUGGUUUAUUUAGGAAAAUGAAACCAGCUCAAGCAGGAGAAUUUGCCUAGCUAGCUCCUUACUCCUAGCAUGCUUUUCUGUUGGAAAUCGGAGGAAGAGAUCCCCUCAGGGUAAGGGAGGGGUCCCCCCCCCGCCACUGACCCAGCCGUCCCUUUACUUGAAUUCUCUUUCCCGAGCACAGACUGGGAGAGAGAAACUCGGGGACAGGGGUAGGGGCACUGGCCCAGCAUCACUGGGAUAACUGCGUGGAAGGCAGGAAGGCUGGACCCAGAAGGAGGAAGCUUGGACUUUCCUCUUUCUUCCAAUUCAGGGACCACCUGUCUCUCUCCUUAAAGGGGGAGGGAAAAGAGAGCUACUGAGACGAGGAAGGGCAGCUUGCGUGGGGCUGGGGAGCUAGGUGAGAGCAAGGCGUCCCCAUGGCAGCCACAUCCCUGUCCCUGGAGAGACACCGUCUCUCUCUCACACACACACACACACCUUUCACUUGCAUGGAGAAGGGUCCAGAGAGCCUCUCCAAGAGAAAUCCCUUUGGGGCCUCCUAGCCCACAGCACAUUCACUCUCUUUGCCCCUUGUUCUUGACCCCCCGCUGUGUCUAAAACCCCCGCCCACUAAGUCCAGGGGCACAGGAGCCCAGAGGGGUGCGCCCCGUCUCCUAGCACCCGAUUUACAAAGCCCAUCCUAACCCUCAGUAAACUCUUCCAGACUCGGCUCAGGCUGCCAGGCCUUGGAGCGAGGAGGGGCCCCAUCCAAACCGGACAUAAGCUCCCGAGAUGCACAGCCCGGCCGGCCCGGGGACAGGUCAGAUGGGACCCAGGGACAAGAAUAGCCGAUGGGAGGCAGAGCUUUUACACACAUGCAAUCUGCGCCGAGGAAUGUUCUUUAAAAAGCCACUUCUGGUGGCCUGGAUCUUCCCAUCUGCUCAGCCCUUCCGGGCGCAGAGGUUUAAGGAGGAGCCUUUCCAGCUAAUUCCCUGGACUGUCCCAGGCCCCUGGGUGCCCUCAGGCAGCCCUGCAAAAAAACGGCCCACCCCCACCAGUGCCUCUGGGAGAGGAGGUGGCCUGGCUGGGGCAUGUUCAGUUCACCUUGAGGCCCCUUAGUGGGGCAGGGCUCGCUGGGGGUGCCAGGCACAAGCAUUGCUGCCCCACCCUGGGGGCCAUGCCCCAGGGGGUGCGGGGAAGGAUGGAGGGUUUGGGAAACAAGCCAAGGAAAGAAAGGGCCUGUAUCCCUCCCCACGGGCCCCAGAUCAGGUGCAUGGGAUAGAAGCAGGGCCAGGGGCCUGAGGAAAGGGUUCACCCCCGCCCUGGGCUCCUCCACAGGCACUAAGACCCCCAGGAUACAUGAUGGGGAGAGGCUGGAAGAUAGCUCCGCAGUCAGGCUGACCCAGCUCCUGGGUCCAAACAGCAGCUUCUCCACUAAGGGGUCCCUAAAGGGGAUCACAGCCUUUUCCCCAAGGGAGGACCCAGGCCUGCGGUUCCUUGUAGGCAUCUGGCGUCUGCAGCCGCCCAGUGUGACGGCACUGUGGCUGCUUUCUCUCUCCUCGUCCUCCUCUCUCUUUUAAACAACCUCGUCCUUUUCUCUAUCUGCUGUGUGUUUAACCACUUAAAGCCGGUCCUGUUUGACAUUAAGAACUUCUUUUUGCUUCGCCCAGGGAAGGAUGGGGGUGGAGGAAGCAGGGACGGGUAGGAACGCUGUGUACACACGUGUAUAUAAUAUAUUUCACACGAGGCCACAUUCCCUUUGCCUUUCGUGAAUCACCUUGUGCAUUAAAACCUUCGCCCCCCCCCCCCAAGGGCUCGUUCACACCCAGGCUGACACACGUGCACACGUGGGGCGGGGCCCGGACACACUGGGGCUUGCGCGCCUGCGUGCUGAUGGACGCAGGAUGCAAGUCGUUCGUGUGUCGGCACGCACGGAGGGCUCACGUGCCUCCCGUGUGAGGCACAGGCAGCCUGAGUCACUCCCACGUGGGGCGAGGCCCUUGCAAACAGAACCCUUAGAGGCGGGGGAAGGCAGGGACCCAGCCGAGGGAGUGGGGCAUCCCACCCUUGGUCCAACCCCCCCUCCACCGGAGAUGGUACCUCCACCGGAGAUGGUGCCUCCACCCCCCCCCCAGCCACAU